UUCAAGGUUUUGUGAUCAUCAAAAUCAAUCUUUAAAUCAAUCUUUGGGUCAGCAGUACCAAAGCUAAUUCAGCGUACUGAGUGUUGAUAUUCCCUAUACUAUGUACCGGUUUGGUACUGGUAUGGUACAGUAUGGUCGGUACGCGCUGGUACCGACUAGUACAGCCAACCUUGAAUCAUACAGUCUUUAAGGCUAAUAUAAAAUAAGGUAACAUUAAAAUUAUCUGUAAAACAUAAUUUUAAAAAUCCAUAAAUCUUAAAAUAACCUUAAAAAUAAAAAUAAAAAAAUCCAAAAAACUGAAUGGGUACCGAAUCGAUUUGCUUUUGCGUGUCGAGUGUUGGUAUAGUUUGGUGCAGUAUUGUAUCACAUCGGUACCUAAGUGGUAUGCUCCCGGUAGUGAGAUUGCGGACAUUGCAUUUCUUGAUUUUGGGGCCAUCUCGUGUUAGGCUUUUUCAUAUAUUUGUUCAAGUGCCAACAAGUAUAGGCACUCUGAUAAUCUUAAACCUAGACUAUUUGUAACACUUUUGUAUUAGUCAGCCCCACGCCAAGUCUAAUUUCGGGUGAGGGAGUAGUUGGAUAGACAAGGAUUUCCAAUUUAAAGAUAGAAAGAAGGGGGCAUAACAGGAUACCAUUGUGUGCAUCUGGGUGAGCUCUUAAUGGAGUUGUGAAGUAUGGGCUUCUUUGAUAGUUUUCUUUCUCUUCCAGAGCCUAUUUGGGGAGUCAGUGCUUCCCAUAGUGAGACAUGUUUUCCCCGAUAUCUACUCAUUUUGUUCCUGGGUUUUGACUACAAUUUUGCUCCUUUUCAAAAGUUCCCAUGUCUCUUUCAUUUUGUCAACUAUCAAACUAUGCUACUUGUUUUUUCAAACUUGAUCAGAAAUUCUGCCUCAUGUAGCCAAUAUGCCCUCUUGACUGUGUACCCAAUGUCUCUCAAGAACCCAAGUAGUCUACCAGCCUGAAGAGGUUGGUUUUAUGGGAUGGGAGUCCUUUUAUUGCCACCCAUGCAGGGGUGACAUAUGGGGAUUAGAGGCAUUUCGAUGAUAUCCACAUUUGUAGAUGCAAGAGGCAUCUCAGAUUAUGUAGCUAUUGCUCAAGAAUGAUUUAGUUUAUUACAAAUACUAGAUUGUUGUACAGUUCUUUGAUGUUGGAUGACUAAGGGAUGAAGAUGAUGCUGUUGUAAUUUGAUUUCUCAUCUUACUAUAAUGAUUUUCCUAGAGCAAUUUUGUUGAGGAGGGCUAACUCUCUUUUAUUGCUUCUGCUCAUGUGAACAGUUCCUUGGCAAAUCAGCAAAAAGAGUGUUCCAUUCAAGGUAUGCCGUAUCGGCCCAAAUCGGGCGGUACAGGACGUACCAUACCGAUUCGGUACUAGUACCCGGCAUGGGUGGCGUACUGACACUUGGUACGCCAAAAAAAUUUCGUACUAUACUGUACUGACACUGUGCUAGUGUGGCACCGGUAUGAAGUAUGGUACCAAAGACGGUGAACCCUGGUUUUAUUUUUCACCCUUACAUGUGGUUUUGUCCUCUUGCUAAGUACCUUCUCUCUGAUCCUUGUUUGUUCUGAUUUACUCUCAAGAGUUCAGCCUCUAUUUUUCUCAUGUCUCUUUCAUCGGCCCAUGUUUUACCCUUGUCAAGAAUCAGCUCUUAUUUCUAUAACGAUUCUAAUGUAGGGUGCUUGGUAUGAUUUAAAAGAUUUUCAAUGCUUCCCUUGUGCUAGUUACAAAUCAGGAACUUUUCAAUGAUUUAAGCCACAUUCCCUUUUGUAAUUUCUUUUCUUUUUACAAAAUGUAUUGUUCAAUAGUUGGUUAUUUCAAUGUGUUUGGAAACUGUUCCACUAAAUGUGCUGGAAAAGCUGUUAUAUGAUGGUUUUCUAUUAAACUUCUGUUUAAAUUUGGUCAUGCUUCGUGACAAGUCUAAUAUUAAAUAUGAUGGAAACUAGGAUUUAAUAGAGGGGAAGUAGAAUUAUCUAAUUAUUAGAAUAUAACCUCCGAAAAACCUGUACGGAAACUGUCUGUUUGUAAUUUUUUGCUUUUUCAAGUUUUUUAUGUAUCCUCCAAUUUUUUUAUUGGAUUGGACUAACAAGGACCUGCUUAUGUUGAACUAGGGCGAACUAUUGGUCUGCUUUUGCCUUACAAACAAAACUGAAGGUUCGUAUGUGGCAGCAGGAUGUUGGGGACAUAACUGUGUUGCAACCUACUCCAGCUGCGGUCCUAGAUAUGUUACCAACAGUUGCAUAUGCUGAUAAUCCAUCAACAAGCUUUGCUGCAAAAUUUGUUCACGCCUCUACAAACAAAAAUAGAUGUUCAAUUAAUCGGGUAUUGUGGACCCCUACAGGGCGGCGUCUUAUAACUGGGUCACAAAGUGGCGAAUUUACUCUUUGGAAUGGACAAUCUUUUAAUUUUGAAAUGAUUCUUCAGGCUCAUGAACAAGCUAUUAGGUCCAUGGUUUGGAGUCACAAUGAGAAUUGGAUGGUCACUGGUGAUGAUGGGGGUUCAAUCAAGUAUUGGCAAAAUAACAUGAACAACGUAAAGGUAAAUAAAUCUGCUCAUAAAGAAUCAGUCCGAGACUUAAGUUUUUCUAAAACAGAUUUGAAGUUCUGUUCCUGCUCCGAUGACACUACUGUCAAAGUCUGGGAUUUUGCACGGUGCCAAGAGGAAAGAUCCUUAACUGGCCAUGGUUGGGAUGUCAAGAGUGUUGAUUGGCACCCAACAAAAUCAUUAGUGGUUUCAGGUGGCAAAGACAAUCUUGUGAAACUAUGGGAUGCAAAAACAGGAAGAGAGCUCUGUUCAUUUCAUGGUCACAAAAACACUGUACUUUGUGUCAAAUGGAAUCAAAAUGGUAAUUGGGUGCUGACUGCUUCUAAGGAUCAGAUAAUUAAGCUUUAUGAUAUUAGAUCCAUGAAAGAGGUUGCAUCAUUUCGUGGACAUUGCAAAGAUGUGACUGCUCUGGCUUGGCACCCAUCUCACGAAGAAUACUUUGUCAGUGGGAGUUUUGAUGGGUCCAUCUUUCAUUGGCUUGUUGGGCAUGAGACGACUCAGAUUGAAAUACCUGGUGCACAUGAUAACAGUGUUUGGGAUCUAGCUUGGCAUCCCAUGGGCUAUUUACUUUGCAGUGGUGGCAAUGAUCACACGACAAAGUUUUGGUGCAGAAACAGGCCUGCAGAUACUAGCCGUGAUAAAUGCAGUAUUGGUCAUCAAGGUUAUGGUGAUCAAAACUCUCUCCUUGCUGGUCGUAUAGCAAGUGGUUUCCCAGUGCCAGAGCCUCCGCCAACUCCAGGAUCAUUUGCUGCUGGAUUGUCACGAACUGAAGGAACUAUUCCUGGUAUUGGAGUUGCAAUGCCACUAUCUGUUCCAUCUCUUGAUGGGUCAGAUCAAGAACAGAGGCAGCCUAUUCCAGGUAUUCUUCCUAGUGGUGCACCUCCUCUAGGUCCCCAUCCAUCUCUUUUGGCAUCCGGACAGCAGCAAGCAUUUCAGCAAAUUCCCCAGCAAGUCCCACCUCAACAGCAGCAACAUAUGACAUUUUCACAGCAAAUGGUUUCACUGCCACUUCCUCCAAAUCUGGCUCAGCUACAACCUCCAUCACAUUUGCCGCUUCUUCAGCAUCCUCAUGGACCUCACCCUUCACAUCUGCAGCUGCCACCUCUUGGAAUUUCCCCAUUUAUUCCCUCUUCGGUGCCAGGCUCCAUGUCCAUGCCUUCAUCAAUGGCUCCAUCCAUUCCCCCGCCUUUGCCUAAUCCAAUGGUGGUGCAAGGUUCAGGAAAUCAGAUGAUCUCUCCAAUGCCACAAGCACAAAUGAUGGGCCUUACUCAGAUGCACUCAGGGCCUGUUACCACCAGCAAUAUCCCUCCCAUAGGGGGUUUUGCAAAUGGGAUCACAAAUAUUCAGGGUGCAACGAAUGCAGGUGGACUGCAAAAUCUUCCACUUGGUGCUAUGUUUAACCGGCCACAAGGUGGGCAAAUAGGGGCAGUUCGGGGACUAAAUGCUUAUCAGCCUGGAAUGAUGGAUGUUCGGCUCCAUGGCAUGGCUCUAGGAGGCAAUAUGGGGCUUCCGCCGCCACCGCCGCCGCCACUGCCUCAUGGUUCUGCGCCCCAAUAGCUCUCCCUCUGUGAACAUUGUUUAGCUGUCAGCUGAUAAAAUAAAUUUAUUAGUAGCAUCUUAUGCAAUUUUGUAUGCCAACAGUUUUUCUCAGGGCUUCAAAGUUUGUUGCUAUCAUUUUAUUUUUUUAUUAGCUUCAAGGAUCUAUAAUAUUAUCAAAACUGUAGACAAAUCUCUUCUGGCAACAAACUAGAAACAUAAUGCUGGUCCACUGGUACAAUGUUAAGGGCUAUCAUUCUUUUCCCCA